AUGGAACGUAUAGAGUAUGUCAAGUUUGUAGUUACUGGUAUAGAGGAAUUGGAAGGAUUCCAGAAUUUCCAAAAUGUGACAACCAUGAAUUUCUCUUAUUGUCAAUUCCUUAAAAGAAUCCCUGAUGUUUCAAGGAUUCCAAAUUUAGAGACAUUAUAUCUUGAUGGUUGCAAAAAUUUAGUUGAGGUUCAUUGUUCUAUUGGAUUCCUUGAUAAGCUCGUUGAUUUGAGUCUUGAUUCAUGCUAUAAUCUUAGGAUUUUUCCAAGAAGCUUCAAGUUGAGAUCUCUAGAACGUCUUGUCGUUGGGGGUUGCUCAAGGCUUAAGAACUUUCCUGAAAUUGAGUGUCAAAUGGAACGUGUAGAGUAUGUUAAGUUUGUAUUUACUGGUAUAAAGGAAUUGCCUUCAUCCAUUGGCUACUUGGUUGGGGUUAAAGCAUUAAAUCUAGGUGGUUGCACAAACCUUACGAAUCUUCCAAAUAGCAUUCAUCAAUUGCAAAAUUUAGAGUACUUAUCUCUUAAUGGUUGUACUGGUAUAAAAGAACUGCCUUCAUCCAUUGGUCAUCUCGCUAAGCUUAAAAGGUUAUCUCUAGACAAUUGCGCAAACCUCAUGAAUAUUCCAAGUGGCAUUUAUCAGUUGCAACAUUUGGAGGUGCUUACUAUGAUAAAUUGCAAGCAACUUCGAGAAAUUUUGGGGCUUCCUUCAAAUGUACAAUUUGUGAUGGCGGAGGGCUGUGCGUCAUUAGCAAUAUUUUUAGAAGAAGUUAGAAGAUGA